CUGGAUGCGGCGCCGACGCAUGCCUUAUGCCUGUGCCACCUGAUGUGGUCGGUGAGAGGCCAAAGACAAGGCUGCGCCAUGCGUGCGUUGUUGUACAGGCGACUCGGCCGAAGCAUGGCAACCGCCAUUGCAACACCAGGCCGAUCUCGAAACGAGGCUUCCGAGGCGAUGAUCUCCGCUGACCUGAUGCGUCAGCCGAUCAGCCUGAAGCACGUGCGCGAGUUGGUGUCCACCGAGAGAACCACCACUUUGAAGUGGGGACAGGGGAAGGUCCUGGUCUGCUGCGGCCUUGAAGCGGUUGGUGGCUCUGAACCCGAGGCUACAGCGGUGUUUCUGGCCGAAGGCUGCGUGGUGUGUUGGCAAAGCUCCGACGCACAGAGGAAGCAAAUGCUGGAAAUUGCCAAUGGAUGCCUUGAGAGUCCCAGGGCCCGAGGCUUUCUGCACAGCCGAACUAGUUCCUUGGAAAUGCUAUGGAUGCAGGGAGAGCCCGGAAAGGUGAUCAGUUCUGAGACCCUGGACAUGGCGGAAGCAGCACCAGGACAGAAGACCCAUGUGAACUCCAACGGACAGCUGAUGCUCACAGUUGAUCCCGAGGUCCGGGUGACCGACCAAGUGGCCGUCUCCUUGGGAAUGGCUGUGGCCGUACGACUGGAAUCUCUGGAAGAAAAGAUUGAGCGUUUGUUGGAGGAGGAUUGGAAGGCUCUGGAAAGACUGAUCAAACGAUUGGAAGAUCCAUGGUAUUUGAUGGUCAGUCUGAAAGAUGUGUCACAUCGAAUCUUCAAGUAUGAGCACGUGAUCCACAAGCUGCGCUAUGAGCUAAACGCUGAAGCGCGUUUGCUGGAUUCACCAGAUCUUCUCUGGGAGAAUGCCAUGGCAGAGAAACUUCACGACAAGGUGGUGGCCCAUUUCGACGUGCGCCGACGGACUGAAAUCCUGAACCAACGAUUGAGCUAUUCCCUGGACUAUUUGCACACCUUGGGAGAGCACGUGAGGCAUCUCUACUCGGUGCGCUUGGAGAGGAUGAUCAUCAUCCUCAUUACCUUGGAACUGGGCGUUGGCCUCAUCAGCCUUUUUGGAGAACAAUUCUCCCCACAUGGUGCACUGUUUUUAACGGGGCAGAAGCCCCUGGCACCUCCCAACGAUGCGUUUUGACGAGAAGAAA